AAGAGGUAGGUAGGGUGAGAAAAAGUCGUAUAAAAGGAGAGAGCAAAAGUGAUAGAGAUCAGUCGAGUGAGCGUCUCUGACACGGCAACAUCUCCAUCGCACACUUGUCACCAGCUGCAUUUUGCAUCGUAUUAUCAGUUGGCAAUCAUGGUUAAUUAUGGCGUCGUGCUGCUGUUGGGUGUCGUAUCGUUGAUGGCUGGGUCGACCACUGGUGUACCGAUGUCUCCUGGUUAUGGCGGAUACCAAAGCACAACACUGCCGUCUUACUACUCACCACCAACCUACUAUACCGAGGCCCCUAAGUACUACACCACCAAGGCGCCGGAGUACUACACGACUACGUAUGAUGCACCAGCUUACUACACCGAGGCUCCAAAGUAUUACUCUGCCCCGAGCUACUACCAGACUGAGGCUCCGGUUUACUACACCACAAAGGCCCCCGAGUACUACACUACAACUUAUGCUGCUCCUACUUACUACACUACCAAGGUUGCCGAUUACUACACCACUACCUAUGCUGCUCCAAGCUACUACACUGAGGCUCCAGUUUACUACACCACUAAGGCUCCAGAGUACUACACAACAACAUACGCUGCACCGACUUACUACACCGAGGCCCCGAAGUAUUAUCCUGCUCCAAGCUACACAACUACUGAAGCAGCCAAGUAUUACGAAGCCCAACCCUACUACGCAUCGGCUGCUCCUUCUUAUUAUGUUGAACCAACCUACUACACCGAGGCUCCAAAGUACUACUCCGCACCAAGCUACUACACCGAGGCUCCGGUGUACACAACUUACGCCGCUCCGAGCUACUACACCGAAGCGUCACAAUAUUAUACCACAAAGGCACCAGAAUACUACACCACAACUUACGCUGCCCCAGUCUACUAUACGGAAGCUCCUAAGUAUUACUCAGCCCCAAGCUACUACACCGAAGCGCCAGUUUACUACACCACCAAGGCCGCAGAGUAUUACACAACUACCUAUGCUGCUCCAACUUAUUACACCGAGGCUCCUAAAUAUUAUUCAGCACCAGCGUACUACACCGAGGCACCAGUCUACUACACUACCAAGGCCCCUGAUUCCCGGUCUUCUCAGAAGCAGUUGGCUGUGAUAUGGACUGUUCGAUGA